AUGGGCCGGCAAUACCUUAAGGAAGUCACUGGCCUACCAGGAUUGAAGACAGCCCCGAAUAUGGACGUUUCUGCCAUAGUCAAGGAUGUGAUUUAUUCUAUUCGUAAGGAUGGUGAUGCAGCUGUGAGGAAAUACUCGGAAAAGUUCGACAAAUGGUCGCCGCCGAGCUUCAAACUUUCCCAGAGCGAGAUCAAUGCGGCCAUUGCCAAUUGCCCCAGGCAAACACUUGACGAUAUUGAAGAAGUCCAGCAAAACGUCAGGGAUUUUGCAAAAGCGCAGAGAAACUCCAUCAAAGACUUCGAGGUCGAACUACGGCCCGGGGUUCACCUGGGACAGAAGAAUGUACCAAUUGAUAACGUUGGCGCAUACAUUCCCGGUGGCCGGUAUCCCCUCCUCGCAUCGGCACAUAUGACAAUUUUGACUGCCAAGGUUGCUGGUGUUAAGAAUGUCAUCGGCUGCACGCCGCCGAUCAAUGGAAAGGUCCCAAACAGCACCGUGGCAGCUAUGCACCUGGCUGGCGCUGACGAAAUAUUCAUUGUCGGAGGUGUUCAGGCUGUCGCUGCUAUGGCAGUAGGUACUGAGACCAUUCAGAAAGUGGACUUCCUUGCGGGACCUGGAAAUGCCUUUGUGGCCGAAGGAAAGAGGCAGCUAUUUGGGGAAGUAGGUAUCGAUCUUUUCGCAGGACCAACCGAGAUUCUGGUUCUAGCCGACGAGACUGCUGAUGCUUUCACGGUGGCAACGGAUUUGAUUUCCCAGGCGGAACAUGGCCCCGAUACCCCAGCAGUGCUCAUCACAACUUGCCCGAAGGUUGGGCGCGACACCAUAGAGAUUGUGGAACGUCUCCUAUACAACUCCGACUUGUCGACUGCGUCGGUCGCCAAGACCUCAUGGGACGCCUUCGGUGAGGUUAUCGUCGUUGAUACCAUGGGCGAGAUGUGGGAACUAGGUAAUCAGUAUGCGAGUGAACACGUACAGAUAUUCACUCGGAGCCCGCGUGAUGCAUUGGAGCAUCUGACAAGCUAUGGUGCUCUAUUUCUCGGCGAAAAAACAUGUGUUUCCUUUGGGGAUAAGGUCAUUGGCACAAAUCACGUCCUCCCUACCCGUACGACGUCCCGCUACACCGGUGGUCUCUGGGUUGGCAAGUAUCUGAAAACCUGCACCUAUCAGGAGGUCACUUCUGAACAGGCUAGCGGCGAUCUUGGUCGACUUUGUGGACGGGCUGCUCGAGCUGAGAACUUUGAAGCACAUGCCCGUUCUGGCGACCUUCGCGCCAGUAAGUACAAGAAGGAUCAAAUUCAAUGGAUCAAAAAGUCGCAAGCUGCUACCGGGGUUCGCCUUUGA